ACCACUCCUCCCACUCUUUUUCUCCACUUCAUCUCCAGUCUUUUUUCGCCGUCCCUCGUUCGUUCCGCUUUUGCCUUUCUCCCGCAACUCCCUUCGCAACGUCGCGCGCUUUUUAGGUCAGGCCCCUCCAGCCCCGUCGCUCUUUUCACCAACUCUUCGUCGUCGUCGUCGUCGUUGUUUUCGUCGUCAUCACGAACCUACGCCAGAGUACUCGUACUUCCCUCGCUUGUCGAUACUCUACGUUGUCCCGUCGUCGAUCCACAUUCAUUCGUUCCGCCGACUUGCCGGUUCUCAACAACACGCGACUAUCCAGUCACUUGCCGUCUUCCCGGUUUUCGACUUGUAAUCGACCGGCCGAACCGCUUUCGAUCGCUAUCCAGUAAAUCACCGUCUUCGCAAUGCAUAUCCGCUCUCUCGCCUCUCUGGCCUUCGCGGCCUUCGCCGCCCAGGCAUUCGCCCAGCAGACCAAGGUCUUCAAGCGCAGCAUCACCACAGGAAGGGAUUUGGGCUUCAUGCGCCGCGCCGAUGGCGGCUACCAGCCCGAAGAUGAGGUGUGCAACAAGGGCGGUAACACCUGCUCCGAGGCCUGCGGCGGUGGAUACCAGCAGUGCAAGUCUACUGACCAGGCCGUACACUGCUAUGACCCGACCGCUGGCGAGACUUGCUGUUCUACCACGACCGGAAACUCCUGCUUGACCUCUUUCUACUGCACCCAUGACACCAAGACCGAGACCUUCUGCUGUCCCAAUGGCAUGAACCUCGGCGAUUGCGCGACCAAGCACGGCGUAACUGGCCCACUCACCUCGGACGUCCCCGUUCCCACCACCACCUCGGUGCCGUCCACCAGCAAAAGCAGCACCGUGCCCCCGACCACCAGUAGCUCAGCGCCGCCAACCACGACCUCUUCUUCCCUGGUCGCUACCACCACCUCCACCUUCAUCUCCACCUCCACCACAUCUGAGGCUCCCAGCACCACUAUCGUCUCCACCAGCUUUUCCCCCAGCGCAGGCACCAGCACUGCCUUCUCAGCGAGCAAUGGUACCACCCUGGCCACGGCGUCAACCCGCUCCAGCGCAAGGGGCACACUCUUCCCUUCGGCGGCCGCCACAACCGCGGCCGCAGCCGGCGAGAACGCCGGAAGCAGCAACGGACCGGCCGGCAUGGCCGUCAUUCUCGGUGCCGCUUUUGUUGCUGCUCUGCUCUGAUAGUCAACGACUGACUCGACUGGAAGCGUUGACCGGCCACUGACCAUAAUUCCGGACACGUCCGUGUCCGGUCAGCGUGCCAUGUGUCACGACUGCAACCAAACAUAGCAACAAGCGGUGCUGGAGGUGACACGAAUCUCCGUGCUCUGUGUGAGAUGUUAAUGUUGGCCGGAUUUUUUUUUUUGAGAAGCUUAUGAUUCCCCCUGAUCACUUGAACGUAUGGAGCGGCUUGACGAGACCAUCUUUUUUUGAUCAUUUUUGUGUUGUAUUUGGCAAAAGGUGUUUCUGGAAACGAAGAUGCUUGAGGAGAGAGAGACGAAGACCAAAGAUGGACGGCUUGGGGACACUUGCCUUCGAAAACAGCGUUAUGUUAUAUCCCUGUUGUAAACCCAAUUUUUAGUUGCUGUUUACCUACUGUAUUUACGAUUUCUCCCCCCUCGUCGGGCGAUACUGCGAGGCAUACUACUCGCAGCUUGGAGCCCACGAGUACCAUAAACCUUAAUAAUCCUUCCGGGGAAAACAAUAACAUCACACGACAUUUGCACGCGCC